UUCAUUUCUGCUAACACAUGAGAGAAAUUAUCCAUCUGCAGGUCGGACAGUGUGGUAACCAGAUUGGUACCAAGUUCUGGGAGGUUAUCAACAAGGAACAUCAUAUCGACAGCAUGGGUCAGACCCAGGUCGAGCCAAACGAAGACUUGAACGUGUUUUACAGCCAAGCUUUGAAUGGUCGCUUUGUUCCUCGUGCUCUGCUUAUCGAUUUGGAACCCGGAACGAUGGAUGCUAUUCGCUCCACUGAAGUGGGUCAGCUGUUCAAGCCGGAUAACUUCGUAUUCGGCCAGAACGGCGCUGGCAACAACUGGGCGAAGGGUCACUACACGGAAGGAGCCGAGCUGGUGGACCAAGCGAUGGAUGUUCUCCGUCGCGAAGCGGAGGCGUGCGAAUGCCUGCAGGGCUUCCAGCUGACGCACUCUCUUGGAGGAGGCACGGGUUCGGGUAUGGGCACGCUGCUGCUGUCGAAGAUCAAGGAAGAGUUCCCUGACCGCAUGGUGAUGUCGUACUCGGUGUUCCCGUCUGCGAACGUGUCGGACACGGUGACGGAGCCGUACAACACGACGCUGUCUGUGAACCAGCUGCUGGAGAACGUGGACGAGGUGGUGGUUCUGGACAACGAGGCGCUGUACCAGAUCUGCUCGCAGUCGCUGAACAUCAAGAUGCCGUCGUUCGCGGACAUGAACGAGCUGGUCUCGCGCGCGAUGUCGGGGAUCACGGCGUGUCUGCGGUACCCCGGUCAGCUGAACAGCGAUCUGCGGAAGCUGGCGGUGAACCUGAUUCCGUUCCCGCGUCUGCACUUCUUCCUGACGGGCUACGCGCCGCUGACGAACAGCGCGAACAGCGCGUUCCGGCAGUACACGGUGGCGGAGCUGACCUCGCAGCAGUUCGACUCGAAGAACAUGAUGUGCGCCUGCGACCCGCGCCGCGGCCGCUAUCUGACCGCGGCGGCGAUCUUCCGCGGCAAGGUGGCGACGCGCGACGUGGACGAGUGCAUGCGCGAGAUCCACCAGCGCUACGCGCCGUACUUCGUGGAGUGGAUCCCGAACAACAUCACGACGAGCGUGAGCAGCGUGGCCCCCGCGGGGUCGCCGAUGGCGACGACGUUCCUGGGCAACAACACGGCCAUCCAGGAAGUGUUCGCGCGCGUCUCCGAGCAGUUCGAGACCAUGUUCCGACGACGCGCCUAUCUGCACUGGUUCACCAGCGAGGGAAUGGACGAGAUGGAGUUCACCGAGGCUUCCAGCAACCUCGCGGACCUCAUCACCGAGUAUCAGCAGUACCAGGAGGCGUCGGUCGAGGACGAAGUGGCCUAUGGCGACGAGGAAGUCCCCCAGGAGAUGGAGAUGGAGCACGGACAGGAGCUCGGGGAGAACGCUUAAUAAGUAGUAGGUGUGGUCUAUGUAU